GAUAAUAAAAAAAAAAAAAAAUGGUGGAUUUGCGCAAAGCAAAGACGGUGUUUAUUGGAGUACUAGUGUUUGUGGCCAUCACAACAGCAAACGGGGCUAAAUUUUUGAGAGAAACCGAUGAUGAUGAUACACCUUCUGCAGCUGCACCACUUGGCCAAAAAAUAACAGAAAAAGUCAAAGAAACGGGUGCUAAAGUCAAAGAAACGGCAGCUCCGAUCGGUGCUAAGGUCAAAGAAACGGCGGCUCCGAUCGGUGCAGAGGUCAAAGAAACGGCAGCUCCGAUCGGUGCCAAAGUAAAAGAAACGGCAGCACCAAUCGGUGCUAAAGUAGCAGCAGGAUUCAAAGGAAUGACAGGAAGCAAUGGACCAGCAGCUGCACCACUUGGUGCUAGAAUAGCAGAAGGAUUCAAAGGAAGCAUUGCACCAAUUGGAGCUAAACUAGGAUUCAAAGGAAGCGGAGCAUCAAUUGAUGUUAAAGCAUCAGGAGCUAAAGCAGAUGGCAAAACCGAUGACAGUGGGGCAUUUGCGGCUGCAUGGAAAGAAGCGUGUGCAUCAGCAUCACCGAGCACGAUUUUAGUACCAAAGGGUGAGUAUUUGGUGAAUAACAUAGAGUUCAAAGGUCCAUGCAAAGGACCAAUCACUUUCGAAGUGAAUGGUAAUCUAAAGGCUCCACCUAACUGGCUUGGUGGUGGUAAACCUCACUGCGGAUGGCUUGAGUUCGAAAAGCUCACUGAUUUCACUAUAAAUGGAAACGGAGCCAUUUUUGACGGUCAAGGCGCCAUCGCUUGGAAGGUCAAUGACUGCGCUAAAACUGGCAAAUGCAACACUCUCCCCAUCAAUAUCCGAUUCACGGGCCUCACAAACUCGAAGAUUAUCGGUAUAACAUCAACAAACAGCAAACUUUUCCACAUGAACAUCAUAGACUGCAAGAACGUAACAUUUCAGAAUAUUGGUAUUGAUGCACCUCCGGAGAGUCUCAACACUGAUGGUAUCCACAUCGGAAGGUCAAAUGGCGUCAUCUUAAGAGAAUCAAAGAUUAGAACCGGAGAUGACUGCAUUUCAAUAGGAGAUGGUACUGAGAAUCUCCUUGUUGAAAACGUAGAAUGUGGACCAGGACACGGCAUUGCCAUCGGCAGUCUUGGAAAGUACCCUAAUGAGCAACCAGUAAGAGGAGUCACCAUAAGGAAAACCCUCAUCAAAAACACCGAUAAUGGUGUUCGCAUCAAGACGUGGCCCGGAUCUCCCCCUGGAAUCGCCUCCAACAUUCUUUUCGAUGAUAUCACAAUGGACAAUGUUAGCACUCCCAUUCUCGUCGACCAAGUGUAUUGCCCCCAUGGCACAUGCAAAAGUCAGGCACCAUCCAAAGUGAAGUUGUCGGACGUGUCAUUUAAGAACAUUAGGGGCACAUCAGCGUCAAAGGUGGCUGUGAAGCUACUGUGCAGUCCAGGCGUACCGUGCACUAAUUUUGCCUUCGCUGACAUUAACUUGGUCCACAACGGUAAAGAGGGACCAGCUGUGUCGGCAUGUUCUAAUGUAAAGCCUGUUGUCAGCGGAAAGAUGGUUCCACCAGCUUGCACUGAAGUCGCUAAACCAGGUCCUUGAACGUUGCCAGUCCAACCAUGCAUCCAUCCAAUCUGGCCGUGAAGACGCUUUGAUUUUGGUGCGAUGAAAGUUUUGAAAUAACUUUUUAUUUUUGUUGAGGUUUUUUUUGUCUCUUACGGAUAAAUGAUAUGGAUAUCUAUAGAUAAUAGUCCCUUCAAGCUUGUACUUUAUUAGCUGAAGAGUGACUCGUGAUUGGAUAGUAAUAUAUUUUUGUGUGAUUCGCAAAUUGCAAGUUUUUACACUUUUAUAUAAUAAAUAAUAGUAUCAUUGAAAUUUAAAGGGUAUGCUUUUUUUUAUAUUUCAUAUAAAUUCAAAUACAGUAUCUAUAUUGUACACUAUUUGACAUUCAUGUUAGUCUCCAUUGCUCACCAGUUUCUGUUCCACAUUCUGCCAUCACCAACAAUUUCGCUUUUCUCUCUGUAUUAUUAAUUAGCUAUAUUCAUCACCUUAAAACCUUUAAUUAGUAACGGCUUCCCUCCUCCUUACUUGGGCUCAACCGAUUAUCAUCGUACAUUUCACCUUAUGAAUCACCAUAUAUGAAAAAUUGAAACUAUAUGAAGAAAAUGAAACGAUCUCUUCCGCUAACAGAUAAUUAGGCUUAGACCAGCUCCAACGCUGAGUAAAUUGGGGGUUCAUCGAUAGUAAUAUUGGGCAUUUUUUGAUUUAAAAUAAAGAAUAAAAGCCCAAUAUUGAAAGCAGCGGUGCUUCCUGAUGGACUUAAAGCAGCGGUUCAGGAAGGGGUUCAUCGGCCACGUGUGAAGUUUUUAUUAGUUGAAGCAGAAAAAAGAGAGAAAAUAAAGUUAAGUGGUAUCGGAUUUUUUUUUUCUGGAAAAAAUAUGUUUGACAGAAAUUUGGACAUUUGGUUUAAUGUUUUUUUUUGUGUUUUAAUUAUAUGUAAUGAAUAAGUUUGUUUAAUCUUUUUCUCAUGUAUUUUUAAUUAUAUGUAAUGAACAAUUUAUUUGAAAUUAUAAUAAAUUAAAUGUUUAAAAUUGAUUUUCAGAAAAAAAAAAAUUUGAAAAAAAAAAUUACUA